CUUUCAUUUACUUUUCUAUUUGUCAGAUUCUUGUACUGUUUAUUUAAGUUAUCUUUAAAUUCAGAGUAUUCUUUUUAAUUCUUAUAACAUAAUAAAAAUUCGCUGAGAAAAUAAUUUUUUUUUCUUUCUAUGUUGUCAUGAAUCUUCAAGACUACUCUCGUAAUGUUAACGUUCAUAGAUUAAUAUUUCUACUAUUCUUUUUAAUAUUUCUUACCCUUUGUUUACUUAGUAUUGAUAAACAUAUUGUUAUAAUAAAUGCAUGGCUUCUGUUUACUCCACUUUGGAUAUGGAAUAUUCUAGUGUUUACAUGUUUUAUUUUAUUAUUCCUUAUUAAAUUUAUUACAUUAACAAAAUUUAUUGCGUUUUAUCUUAUUUAUCAAGUACAUAUAUUAUUAUUUCAAAUAUUUAUAUGCUUUAAAUUAGUGAAUAAUUAUACCUUUCCAUGGAGUAUAGUUUUAAUCCCAGCAUAUGGAUUGUGUAUUUUAGGCUUUUUGACUGUAACAAAAGAUUUUCGUAGACUAAAUAUCUAUGAAUUGGAAAUAUUUCUCUCUUUAAAUUUACCUUGUAUUAUCUUGAUUGGUUUACGUUUAGAUGAUUAUAUUCACUGGAAUUGGACUGAAGUAUUAAUACCAUUUUGGAUAACAAUGACUUUUCUUGUUAUACAAUUACUUCAUGGUCUAUUAUUAGUUGGUAUGCUGUGUGGAUCGAAUCAUUUCAAUCAACAAGAUCGUAAUGAAACUAUCAUUAGAAUAACUGGAUAUUUUUUUGUUGCAUUUUCAUUUCUUAUAUUCUCUAUUCUUCUUGUUUGCAGAUUAGAUAAAAUUAAAUUGUUUACUAACAAAGAAAUCUUUUCCCCUCUUAUUGUCUCUGUCAUAUUAAUGUUGAUUUUGACACUUAUUAUUGAGUAUCCAAAUAAUAUAAUAAUUUUUGGAGGUGUAUACCCAUCAGAUGAAGAAAACUGUUCAAUAGGAUAUACUUCUGGAGCACAAUUAUCUGCUAAUUCUUCAUCAAUCAUCACUGUUCAAGGUUUGAAUUCUAACCUUAACAGAGGGGUAAAUGCUUCUAUGGACAGAUGCUCAGAUUUCACAGAAAAAAUACAACACGAAAGUAAUUCUCAAAUGAUCCAGUCCAAUGGCAACACUAAUAAUACCAAUCUACUAAACAAAGAAAUGCAUUUCUUAAAUCUGAAUAGACCUAUUGUCACUGAGACAUCGAUAUCGCUUCCAGACUAA